AUGGCAAGGGGCAGCACUGCAUUCCACUGCCUUUGCUUGAUACCCACAAAUCCUGUUUGCACCUGCCGCAACUGGCCGUCCGCGCCGUCCAGCAGGGCGUCUGCCACCGCCGGGUCCAGGGUCAAAGAGGCCAGGACCUCCAGCAUGCACAACACCUCGUCCAGUCGGGGCUGGCCGCUGGGUCCGCCAUACCUACAUUGA